AUGGUUGAUGUGGUCCCCGAGACACGUGGGCUCCUUCAUGCGCGGCAGGUCCAUGAGCAGACGGGAUCCUUCUCGCGAUACGUAGCCUUUUUUGUCGGAGGAGUUGGCCUUGUGACCAUUGCAUUGCUCUUGAGUAGUGGCACCCGUGGCUUCCGGAACUCCAGUGAGAUUCUGGGCCUUGAUGAGACCGGUUGCUUCCUGCCCGGGAUGUUCUAUGCGAGUCCGCACAAAAUGGAUGGCACGACGCAAACGGUGGAAUCUAGUAGUCAAGCUUGUCAGAUGCGUUGCCGAGGGGUGUCUGGCUGUGUUCACUUCACCUUUUGGCCAGAUGGCGGUUGCCUGCUCACGGAUUCUUCCUCUACGCUGCAGGCUGCUCCUUACCAGUAUUCCGAGACAGUAACUGGCCCAAAGAGCUGUACAUGGGGGAUCCAGGAUGGAAAGCAAAGUCAACCAUCGUCUGAACAUGGCCCGAUCGGCUCUGUGGAGGCUCUUAUUGCCGCUGUUGCCCCUGCUCCGGGCGCGAAUGGAACUGUGUGUUCAGCGUAUCCGGCUUGUGUGGCCGUGGGGAUCAGCGAGGGCAACUGCUGCCCAAAUGAUGACAAGGUCGCGCUGGGCUGCUGCAGUGGCUUUCCGCCGAAAGUGCUGGAGGUCAAGAUUGCAGCGGGAACCGAAUGUAGUGCUUUUCCUGCAUGUGCCAGGAUCAACAUGACCGGUGCGUGCUGUCCUGCUGCAGAUGGCACCCGACUAUCAUGCUGCGACAAGAUUACAUCUGUGUAG